AUGGAACAUGGAGUGCCACACUGGAAUUACAGAGUUGCAGGUCUCAAGGUUGGGCCUUACCUUGUAGUGGAAGUAUAAAUGAUAAAACAACAUUAAGUUCUUAUUCAUGAUUGAAAUGCCCAAAAUAAGUUAUUGAUUUAGGCUGCGUCCAGACUGGGUGCCCAUCACUUGUUUUGGUGCCUAGUUUGAACAUGAAGAAAGGGCACUACCUCCAGAGGUAGUUCUCAACAACGGCACUGUGCUCAACAUGUUUUGUGAACCAUUUUGAACAUUGGGCACCAGUGCCGGCCACUCAGUCCGAAUGCUGCCUUAUACUCUUCUCUUGUUAUAAUACAUAUUUUAAAAUGGGUCUUUUCAAAUUGAUUUAAAAUAGCAAUACAAAGGGAAACAAACCAGAGCAUUGGUCAACAGUGGAGAGGAAAGCAUUCAGGGGCGUAGGAAGCAGGGGGGCCGGGGCCCCCCAACAAUUUAUAAGGGGGGCCGAGAUAGCUUUUUGCCCCCCAAAAAUUAUUGAAUUUACUCAAUUUACAAUAAAUGCAGUGAAAUUCGAAACUGAAAGUAUUUAAAAUUGUGUAUACAUUUUAGUAAUACACGUAUCUGUGAUCAAAAUUUACAUGGAUAAAAUUUUUCCUUCAUCGCAAUUUUGAUUUUUGAGCGAUUAUUUGUUUUAUCACGGAGUUUUGAUGUGUUAGGCAGCGGCAAUUGCUUCGCUAAGUGUUAUCAUCUAGCGCAAUCACAAGCAAAAUAUGAAUAAAACAUGAGUGCUGGCCGUUCUCGUUCUAUUAUCAACAGGAGGAUGAUAUCAACAGGAGGAUGAUAACCCAUCUCUUUCCGCGUCUUCUGACGAAGAAACCGAACGUAGAGACCUUAGCGAUUCGGCAAACCAAGGUAGGUGCUUUUACGUUUUUAAUUUAUAGUAUACGGGUAGUAUAGUAUAUUUAUGACUUUAGCGACUCAACAUAUUGCCUAUUCUGUUCUAUAAGCCAGUAAAUCACUAAAUCCUAAAGUGAAGAAUGUGUUAAAAUAUCUAAGUUAUAUAUUUUACGUUAUACUUAUACUGCAGAUGAAAGUUUUGGUGAAGAACACCAACCAAUAACAGUCUUGGAUAAAAAUAUUAUUGAUCAUCAGGUAUAUUUAUAAUUUCUAUAUAAAGACUAUAAUCUAUAUAUAAAGUUUAUCAGUACUAUAAAGACUGUAUAUACAGGUUAAGUAUUUCAAACAUAACUUAUAUUGUGCUGGAUUUUACAUAUUACUGCUAGGUUUCAAACUUAAUGUCAGCUAAUCAUGCACAUACGAAAUUCAUUUUCCAGGGUAGUGCUAAAUGUAAAAAUAUAUGUUGUGCUGAAGACUCGACUGAACCUUUUCAACCACGUUCUAAAACUAUCCUGGAAAAAACAUCUCAAGCUUCUGGUGUUGGAAAAAAUUUUCGGGUUAGGACAUUUCAAGUUGUUUGGUAUAAUAAUUAUUCUUGGAUUACAUUAUGUGGCACAAGCUAUCUUUUAUGGCCACCAGAAUCUUAAACCUCUUUGCCCAACUCGUUGGACAGUUCGAAGUGACACUAUUAAAGCUGUCUUGGACAACUACGAGGCUCUAAAAGAAACCUGCAACAAUGUUGUUGACGAAGGUGGAGAUGUUGCUCUAAAAGCAGAUGGUAUGCUUAGAAGACUCAAGACAUUCUCAACUCUGUUUGGUUUAAGAUUGUCCUACCUUGUGUUUAGUCCAGGUGAAGAAUUAUCUCGAACCUUGCAGAGUAAAGAUUGCAACAUCCAAGAGGCUAUUAAUUCUUCCAAUCUUACAGGCAAUUAUUACAAGCGCAUACGUUAAGAUAAAGAGUUUAACGGUUUUUACGACCGCGUAGUAAAGGAGUGCCAAGGUAAAACGAAAGCGCCAUUUCUCGCGCGGCAACGAAAAGUACCAGCAAGAUUUGAUGAUGGUGCUCCAGGGCAUGACUUCGGCAGCCCAAAAGCAUUUCACCGCCAGCAAUAUUUUGAAGUUCUUGAUCUUGUAUAUCAAGAACUUGUUCGGCGAUUUGACCAGAAAAGCUUCAUGUUGCUUCGAGAUAUUGAACAACUACUUUUAAGAGCUGCCAAUGGAAAUCACUUUGUCAUUAAAGAAAUGAUUUCUGACAUUUAUGCGAACGAUCUUGACUUGGAUCGUCUGGAUUGUUCGAAUUCUACAGUGCCAAUAAAGGUCACCAAACUUGAAACCCUGUGCAGUUUAAUUGCUGAAAAUCCCAACAACCGUAAAUUGUUUUCCGAGGUUGACAAGCUGCUUAGGGUAUUUCUUACAGUUCCAGCAACUAGCGGAACGUAUGUUCUCAGUGCUCAGGAGACUGAAAUCAUACCUUCGCGCGACGAUGGGGCAAGAAAGACUAAACAAUGUCAUACUGCUAAACAUUUACCAGUCAGAGUUUGA